AUGGCGCUUGUGCCGUGGAUCUGGAAUCUGGGUCUUACGGGCGCCGAGAUCUGGAUCUAUCACCGACUGGAUCUUAAUGACCCAGCAUUGACCGCCGCCGCCGCCGCGAUCGCCGCGUUUGAGCCGUACCCCUGCAACAGCUCCGUACGGCUGCAGCAGCUACUGCCCAACAAGGGCCGCGAGGCGGCAGUCUACCUGUCCCACAUUGUACGACAUUACGACAAUCUGCCGCAGGGGCUUGUGCUCAUUCACGACCAUGGGCCGGCUUCCCGCCACUCGCUAUGCGGGCCCUUCUUCCGGCGAGUGAGGGGGUACUAUUCCGGGAUCCGGGAGCAGCUGCUGGCGGCGGCGGCGCGGCGGCGGCGGCAGUCCCUAGCUAACGACGGCGACCACGACGACGACGUCGACGUUGUCGCCAAGGCUGGCAUUGUCCCUCAGUUAACAACAAUCGCCGGCGGCGGCGGCGGCGGGGGCGAUGGCGCCGCCCGCCACCGCUCCCUCGCGGCCAGCUCGCGUCAGCGCCGCCGCCACGGCGACGGGGGCGGCUCCGCCGCCGCCAGAGGCAACGGCUCCGCCGCUGCUGUACGGCAGGCGCUGAAGGCUUUUGCUGACCAAGUGGUCAGCCUUAGUAGCGGGUGUCAGGAGAACUGGCUUAAGGGCUGUUGCGCAGCGCUAGUCUGCGCGGAGGACCCAAUGGAUGAAGAGUGGGGUUCUGCCGCUACUAGUACGACAGCGGCGGCGGAAGCUGCGGCGGCGACGUUCCCCGAGCAGCGGCAGCUCCUGGAGCGUACGGCGUCAGCAUCCGCCGACGCGGCGGCAGCGGAUACCUCGUUGGGAGAUGCAUUCGGUCGGCCCGUUGGUAGUACGACAAGACGGCCGUACCAUAACCGUUGCCCGUUUAAAACGUCCAGGUGCUUGACAAACGCGUCUGCCGUCAGCGUCCCGCUGCGUGGCGGCGCCGCCAAAGGCACGAUACGCUGGCUGUACAUGCACGGAGCUGGCGGACUGUAUGACGUACGGUACGAGAACCAAGUCGUACUGUACGACAAAUCGGCCAUCUUCAGUUCUUUGGGGCUGAACAACGCGGGCUUUGGGCCUCUGUCACUUGUGCGGUACGCAGGCCCCGACGCCUCCGAGACGCUGCGCAUGCAGACCUCCUCCACCCGCGUCCUCGACUACCCGGCGGGGCAGGCUCAGAGGACCCCGCAGGAGACCUUCGCCCAGCUGGGGAAGAUACUCUCUGCGCAUGACUUCGCACAUCGCAAGGUGCUUGUGACGCUCGGCAACUUCAAGUCCUGCUGUGCCAGCAUGAUGCUGCGUCCCAAGCACAUACGGCGCUGGCCCAAGACGCUGUACGAGCAGAUGCUGUCGUACACAUUGGACGAUAAGAACACGUACCACGCAUCGCUGGCGGUGUCGCACCAUGGCUGGGCGAUGUGGUCGCCCGCUGACGUGGGACCUCAAGAGCUGUUGCGGUACUUCGAAGUGGAUUUGUUGCAGCUCAACGUGCGCGGAUGUCCGGGUUGGAGGGUUCUAGAAGAGGAGGUGGAGUAG